AUGCCAUCUAACCAUCCAGAGUCCCCACCGGACUUCAACUUCAUUCAAACUCCCCCGGCGUCUAAGCAGUCAAAGCCUGAAUUUGACUGUGGUGUGCGAACGACUCUGUAUUCCGCCAUCAAGAAUGCUCCUGUCCCAGCCGAUUCACCCGGAAGUGACAGUUUCUCUAACGGCUUAAUGGUAUUCUUCAUUGCUUCGGUACCCUGGUAUCUUGCGCGUCAGCUAGGAGAAGGAGGACUAUAUUUGACCUUAUUUAUUGCCCUCUUCACAACUAUUCCCGUGAUAAUGCUUUUUUGGUCCGUUUCCUCGUCACUCUCUCCACGCAAGAAUGAAAAGGUCAAGUACGCAGGUCGUCCUGUUGAGUAUUACCUGGAGUUCCACGACGAGUUGGACCGGGCCACAUAUCGUGGCAAACACAAGAUCCCUAUGGAAACAUUCUACGAAAAAUAUUUCAAUGGCGAUGUCUCCUUCAAAGAUGAUGCCUUGGAAUGCCUCGAAUACCGUCAUGAUUGGGCAAAUUUCAAAUUCACAAUGGGUCUUUUCAAGCACUUCCUCGUGAGCUUUAUCCCGCAGCUACUAAUACACAAUCGCUCUCAAGAUGAAGAGCAAGUACGUGGUCACUAUGACCGUGGGGAUGACUUUUACUCAUGGUUUUUGGGCCCGCGUAUGAUUUAUACCUCAGGAAUUGUCAGCGACAUUCAUACCGAGGAAACGCUGGAGAAACUUCAGGAUAAUAAAUUGGCCAUAGUCUGUGAGAAGAUCAACCUCCAAAAAGGAGACGAAGUCCUCGACCUAGGCUGCGGAUGGGGUACACUGGCGAAGUAUGCUUCGGUCCACUACGGCGCCAGAGUCACAGGCAUCACACUUGGUCGCAACCAGACUCUUUGGGGAAACAAGAGGCUAAGCGAAGCUGGAAUUGACAAGUCGCAAAGCCAAAUCUUUUGCUCUGACUACCGUGAUUCCCCACGUGCUAGUGGUGGCAAAGGCUAUCAGAAAAUCACAUGCCUUGAGAUGGCAGAGCACGUCGGUGUCCGCCACUUUUCAUCAUUUUUAGGCCAGGUAUACGAUAUGCUUGAGGAUGAUGGGGUGUUCUUCCUCCAAAUUGCCGGUCUCCGCAAGCCCUGGCAGUACGAAGAUCUUAUUUGGGGCCUUUUCAUGCAUAAAUAUAUUUUCCCUGGUGCUGAUGCCAGCACACCUUUGGGUUUUGUGGUUGGUCAUCUGGAAGCUGCUGGCUUUGAAAUCAAGAGCAUUGAUAACAUCGGUGUUCAUUACUCUGCCACUCUUUGGCGCUGGUAUCGUAACUGGCUCGGUAAUCGUGAGAAAGUCGAAGCCAAAUAUGGAGCGAGGUGGUUCCGCAUUUGGGAAUACUUCCUUGCCGCCUCCACCAUUACCUCUCGACAGGGCGGUGCCACAUGCUGGCAGAUCACCCUUGUUAAAAAUAUUAAUUCAACUCAUCGAAUUGAAGGCCUUGGUACACAGUUUGGAAUUAAUGGCGCACUCCAGGCUGCUAUUAACCGCACCGGGGCCCUAGCAAGUAGCCAUUUGAAAUGA